CUACCCGGACCCCAAGGACCACAGGGUGCUAAAGGUCUUCCUGGGCCACAAGGAUCAAUUGGUCCAGCUGGUAAUAUUGGUUCACCUGGUCCGUUAGGUCAACAAGGGCCACCAGGUCCUCCAGGAGCUACUGGCACUUUAGGAAGUCCUGGACAACCAGGUGUUCAAGGAGUUCCCGGAGCCCAAGGUGAUACAGGCAAUUCUGGUCAACCGGGUCCUGCUGGAGAUCUUGGACAGCAAGGUUCGGCUGGUCCACUUGGAAUACAAGGU